AUGCUGCAGCUGGGAGAUGAAGUCACCCUGUACUCGGUGGUCUUCGUGGUGGUCCUGCUGGGGUCCCGGAGCCCGGUGUGGACAACCGCCCUCACCGUCUCGCUCUACCUCUUUCUGGCUAUGUUCCGGUUCCCCCAGGUACCGACCAGCCGAGCCCGGCAGGUGCUGCACCCGGACAAGGGCGCGGUGGGCCCCGGGAAGGUGUCUGUGGUCGCUCACCGGGGCGGUGGGCAUGACGCACCGGAGAACACGAUAGUAGCUAUCCGGGAGGCCAGUAAGAACGGGGCGACAGGCGUGGAGUUAGACCUGGAGUUCUCUGCCGACGGUGUCCCAAUACUGAUGCACGAUGAGACUGUGGACCGGACCACCAACGGGUCGGGACCACUCAGCCAGAUGAGACUGUCCGAACUGGGUAAACUGGACGCAGCUGCUAAACAUCGACUCAUGGAGACAUUUGCUGGAGAGAAGAUCCCGACUCUGGAGGAGGCGGUGGAGGAAUGCAUCAAACUGCAGCUCACCAUCUACUUUGACGUCAAAGGUCAUCCAGAUGAGGCAGCUGCAGCCCUUAAAGAAUUGUAUAAAAAGCAUCCAGUCCUCUACAACAGCAGCAUCGUGUGCUCCUUCGAGCCCAAAGUCAUCUACAGGAUGAGGCAGAGCGACCCAGAAGUCGUCACAGCGUUGACCCACCGGCCAUGGAGCCUGAGUCGGUUAGGAGACGGUGCCCCGCGUUUCUCGUCGCUAUGGAAACACCAUUGGAUGACAGUAAUGGACAUGGCGUUGGACUGGGCACACCAUCACGUGCUGUGGAAGUUCUGUGGCAUCUCAGCCUUCCUUAUACAGAAGAACUGUGUCUCACCGGACUAUGCCCAGUACUGGGCCCAGAGGGGGGUGGAAGUGGUAGCAUGGACAGUCAACACAAAAGCGGAGAAAGAUUACUACCAGGAGCUGCUGCAAGUCAACUACAUCACAGACAGCCUGGUGGAAGACUGUGAACCCCAUUACUGAGAAACGCAUGAACCCAAACACAGGAAGUGUUCACACACGUACUCAUUAAAGUGAUCAGAUCCAUAUGAAAGCACCAUUUCAAUGUCUGCUCGUGACCCACAAUGUGGCAUCAGGUAAGAGAACAUGUGCCACUCUUUUAUUCCCAUGCACACUGUCACAUUGUGAAGCCAUCAAACUGACCAGACUGGAUGCUAGACUUCAUAACAAGAGGCAGGACAUGCAUUUAUAGACAUUUUGGAAAUGCGUGUCUAUAAUACGUGCUGUAUUCACCAACUCAGGACUCUAAUUUUUUAGAGUCUUUCAAGACCUACAGUACAGUUUCAUACGCUGUCGGUGCUUUUACUCAGUAGAUGUCAUUAGUCCGAUGUAAUCUACCCAGCAAUGAUUUCUAUCUCUCAUGCAAAAAAGGAUUCUAGAACUUAUAUAAAUAAACAUUUUAUAUCUUUGACAAAAGUGCAUAUGGAACUGAAAUGUAGAAUAAAAUAAUACUUGGCAUACA